AUUUCUUCGCGAUGAGCCUGCAACAGAUCCAAAACUCGCCCUUCGUCUGCUUGGCAACCGUGCCAGUUGUCGCUUUCCUGGCGGCGGUGCCACACUGGUAUUCGAUCGCUCUAGCCAGGAGACACAAGACGAGCCCGCCAUUCGACCUUGGUAACCCUCGCCGAUGGGUCGCCGGCCUCCAGUUCAAGGCAGCAUCGGGACACAAGCUGACGCCAGUCGAGACACUGGUCCUGCAAGGCCAGGCUUGCCAGCAGAAUGGGUUUGAGCACCUUCCCAUAUAUGCGGUUGCUCUCUUGACUGGGAUCGUCGCCAAGUUGCCGCCGAGCACAUUGAACAAGAUCGCCAUCUUUUACGUCAUCAGCCGCAUCAUAUAUGUCUACCUUUACUUGAACAUCCACACAGGCAUGAAGGCUCUCUGGAGGACCAUUGCGUUCAACAGCGGCUACCUGUCACUUGUUUACAUCUUCUUUAAUGCUGCCAGUACUGGCCUCUUCUAAAAAUACUCUGCGCUUGCAAGUCUUCUUUAUGCGACCAAAAGGAUUGGGUAAAAGCAAGGUAGAGGCAUGCAUGGAUGAUCAUUACAAUGCAGAUCUAUAGUUUCAAGCUGUCCCGGUACUGCACGAAUGCAAUGAGGUUGUCAUACGCUUC